AUGCCAGAGAACUUUUUUUUGCGACGCUUCAGCAGAGAGAAAACACAUUUCGCUCAACCAACAACCAUUUUGAUUAUGGCAAUAUUAAGGGCAAAGGCAGUAGAAGCACAUUAUGCCUCUUGUUGUGUGAUGGUUUUCCAUGUUGUUGGGUUUAGUUGUUUUUCAUUAAAAAUUGGUGAAAUGGAAAUUUUUCAUAAAACAAGCAAGCUGUAG